AAGAGAAAAUGGGGUCGAAAUUCAUCUGGGGGAGGAAAAAUAUGGCGACGGCUUUGUUCAACACCACCACACGCUCCUCUAACCUCUACCUCCACCACCACUCAAUUCUCCCGCGGCUUCACUUUAGCCGUCGAAAUAUCUCCUUACAAGUGACUCCUCGCCGCUUACGCCGCAUCGCCGUCGCUGGUGGCCCUCCACCUCCUCCGAGUCCUGAUCCGCCUCCGCCUGAGAACUCCACUCAGCUCGAAGGUCUUGUGGGAGCAGUGACAAGGGUUCAAGACCGGGUAAAGAUCUUCCUCGCAGUGCUAUUUUGGAUGUCUCUCUUCUUCUGGGUUACAGUGACUGAUGGUAGGGGUAAAGGGGGAAAAGGGAAGAAGGGCUCACGUUUCAAAUAAUCUUCACAAAAGUCUGGUGACUCCUCAUCAUCAAUACUCUACGCUCUGUGCAUAUAUAUAUAUAUAUAUAUAUAUGUAUGUUCGAGAGGUCAUUCUCCCCCAAGUAAGCAGCUUUCUUGUAGGUCAGUUUUUUCAGAUGCUAGUAGGAUACAAAUAUACACAUGAUAUAUGGUGAGAUGAUGCUCUUGUGACAUGUUAUCUUUGUUCUUUGUUAAUGCUAUAGCAUCAAUCUAAUAUAGUUAUCGUC